AUGAUUUACGUUCGCACUAAGAGCGAGAUCAGUGAUUUGUUUGCCUUGCCGCCAGUAUCGCGGUGGGGUCGUCGAUUCAACACUGCUGUAUUUGUUCUUAUACUGCUGGGAAUCGCAGACCUAGCCAUCAAAACGUGCGAUGGGCCAAGCAUGGGAAGUACUGACCCAGGGUAUCCGUAUCUACCGUCCCAGCAGGACCACAAGAUUUACGAUGGAUUAUUUGCGGGACUUUUCACAUUGGAAUUCCUCGGACGAAUUAUUCAGAUUCGAAAUAUUCGAGUAAUUGUCCGUGAUCCAUACAUGUGGCUGGAUUUGCUAGGGAUCUCUCCGUGGUAUAUGAUGCAAAUUUUGGAAGCUCUGAAGGUGAAUGCCGACAUCGAACGCCACGUCAGCCAACUUGGCCUAGUUCGAACUGUGCGCUUGGCACUUAUUUUACGGGACAACGAGUCGACAAAGAUCAUUCACCAGUCCAUCAAAGCCAGCCUGCGGCCUUUGAGCAUCACUAUGUUUUUCCUGUUUACGUUGGUUAUGAUACUAGCAACAGCGAUUUUCUACGCUGAGCCCUGCUACAAUGUCGAGACUUGCACAUUUACAGAUAUCUUCAACUCGGCGUAUUUUGUGAUGGUGACGGUCGCAACCGUGGGCUAUGGCAACCAAGUACCCUCUUUACGAAACCCUGGCUCAGUCAUGCUGACGAUGAUUGCAAUGAUUCUCGGGCAGAUUUACUUCUCGAUGCCUGUGGCGAUUAUUGGCAAUAAUUUUCAGCUUACGUAUGAGAGUUUUCAGCUGGACAAGAAGAAGAAGAAGGCUCGCUUUCUCGAUGCUUCUCUCUCUCCUUUUGAUUGUCAAAAACUUCACAGUCACGCGAGACGACUUUGUGAUAUCCAAUACCAUUUAUUGAACUCGUGGUCAGUUGUACACAACCAUAUCCACAAUUUUACGCGUUCAGCUUCCGAAUCCAUGACAAUGACAAUGGAAAUGCUCGCAACUGAGGCUGAUCAUCUGGAAAAGAUCAAGGAAGGCAUUAGUCGCUUGAUGGAUAUACAUGCGGAAGCUGUUGAACUGCUACAAUUAUUUAUUCCACACCGGCGAAGAUCGCUUCGCAUGGGUCUGGAUUCCAAACAUGGAGUGCUAGGUAGUAUGUACGCAAAGGCGAAGAAGGCUAUGAUCAAGGCGAAGGUGAGAUCGGGCCAUAUGUCAACCGUUGUUGACCCAAAUAUGGCGUCACAAACACUUCGAGGACGGGUGUGGUUGUUGCUAGAAGUGCCAGAUUCUUCGCGACUGGCUGCCAUAGUGAACCGAGCAAUGGUAGGAUUUGCAUUGGUCAGCAUUAUGUUUUUCUUUUCAGAAUCGUUGCAAGAGCUGGCCGCAAGUGGUGUUGAAACGAAUGGCUGCAGAUCUGUUGUGAAGAGUUAUUGCAGGGAAACAGGAUUCCGUGAUCUAGACUCUGCGUGUUUCUUGCGUUUCGAGGAUGGUACGAGUGAUUUCACCAAACGACUCCACUUUUCCUGCUCUAGCGUUACCGAAUCGCCAGAGUGCUAUGGGAACGGAUUGAACUUUGGAUCUUUGAAUGCGUCCGCGCUGGCGUGUCAGGAUGCAUUUCUUCACGCUGGUGGUGACUUGGUGUGUUACCGCCAGCAAUGCCGACGAUCGUUUAACAUGAUCUUUGACAUGGGGCCAUUCUGGAUCUACUUUGAGUGGUGGUUUGGUAUGUGGUUCACGUUGGAGUUGGCUCUUCGGUUUUAUAUUUCCCAAAACCGGAAGCAGUUCUGGAGAAAUGUCUAUGUUAUAUUCGACGUGGUUGCAAUCGUGCCAUUUUUCGUCGAGGUCGUGGAACUUUUAUUUGCACGCAUUCAGCCAGACUACGCAAUUGUUGCCACAUCACCAUCAUUCCUGUCGGUCAUUCGAGUGCUAAAAAUAUUGCGAAUUCUUAAACUCACGCGGCACUUUCGCGGGACAAAAGUGCUAGCAUCCACAGCGAUAAAAGUCUGGAAACCUCUCGUUAUCCCGCUCUUCUUUUUAUUUACAGGAUGUAUUAUUGCUGGUGCGAUGGUCUACGAAAUUGAACGCGGCAAAGAAUGCUUCGUUGGAGAAGUGUGUAUGUGGUGGAACAAAGACGUGCUGACACCUGAGCUGGUCGAAGGACUUCCGAUUGGGAAGCGAGUUUUGAUCCAAGACAAGUUGAAAUCGACAAUUAUCGACAUGAUCCACUCUACGUGGCUCUCAUACACGACGUAA